AUGCCCGGCUACGAAAACAUUCGUGCUGGUCUCAAUGACGCCGCCCUUGAUCUCCUACGAUUGGUCAAUGGACCAAAAAACACGCUACGUGAAUUGUUCUUCUCGCACUACGACCUAGCAGCAUUGCAGGUUGCGCUAGACAAGAAGUUUUUUGAUCAUGUCCCUUUGCCAACCAGCCUCGAAAACAACGCUGCAAAUGGAAGUUCUGGCAGCCACGCGACGGGAGCUUCGGACACUAUCUCAGCGGCCGACUUAGCGGAUGAAGCGGAGAUGGAUGAAGACAGAACAGCUCGAAUUCUACGACUGUUGGCCACUCAUCGCAUAUUUGAAGAAGUAGGGGAAGGUGAAACAGGCAUUUUUCGUCACACUUCGCUCUCGGCUCUCCUCAAGCGAGAUCAGGAUUUCAAUGCCACGGGCGACAUGCAAAUGGAUGACAUGUUAAGAGCGGCGUCCGAAACGUCGACCGUAGUCAGGAAAUCGCCGUAUGUUUCAGACACAACUCAUUCGGCCUUCCACACACGGUUCGGCAUGCCGAUGUACAAGUAUUACGAACUUCACCCGCAGAAGGGCACAAGGUUCGCCCAAGCAAUGAGCAGUUGGAGCCAACUUGAUCGUCAAGUGAGCGAACUGCGUGAGAGCUUUUCUUGGGGAACUUUGAAGGACGGUACGGUUGUCGACAUCGGUGGAGGGAGUGGACACAUCUCCAUCGCCCUUGCUAAGCAAUUUUCCACCCUGAACUUCAUUGUUCAAGACAUCUCUCCUCACAUGCUCUCCCAAGCCCGUGAGACCAUAGCCGACGACUCCUCUCUAUCUAGGCGUGUCACCUUUCAGCAACACGACUUUUUCGACGAGCAACCCAUCACCUCCGCCGCUGCGUUCCUCCUCCGACAAGUGUUACACAAUUACGCAGAUGCGGGUUGCAUUAAGAUUCUUCGGGCUAUAGUGCCAGCUCUCGAAAGGUGUGCGCCGGGAACUCCACUAUUGAUCAAUGACGUGGUCCUUCCAGAGAGUGGCACGGUUACUCGGUACGAGGAACACCAUCUCAGGCAGGUAGACUUCUGCAUGAUGGUUGCGCUUGGGGCAAAGCAGAGGAGCGAGAAGGAGUUCCUGAACCUGUUGAAAAGCGCAGACGACAGAUUCGAGGUCAGAAGGGUGUGCAGAAAUCCGCUCGGAGUAGGGUUGGUUGAGGUUGUAUUGGGGAUGCAUUGUUAG